CGACAACCCAACCCAUUGCAUGUGCAAUUCCCAGCAGCAGCAUCAUUUGAGAUCACUUCUCAAUCAACUCUUCCCCACAUUUACCCUUCUUCAUUUCAUAACCAUAUCAACAGUGUUGAUUUUCACCGUUGAAGAGAAGUCUUUUACCCAGUUACUAGGACGCCGCCUGCACCUGUCAUGGUCACCAUGUCCGCCUCAAACGGCCAGGACGACGACAAGGACAAGAACCUUUACCUUGGCUUAAGAAUCGCACGCAGCGAUGGCAAGGGAUACGACAACCUCGACCACAAUGCACUAGACCCCAAGGAGGACCAGGACGUCGCGCAGCUUGAACGUUGGGAGGUCAUCAUCGGUGGUCAUUUGCAGCAUCAGCUCGGCCUCCCAAGCGACAAACAGUACAAGCUCGCCGUUCUACCCAAGGGGUACGAGCUUCGAUGCGCCAUCAGAAAGGACGGCGGUAGAGACUACUACCUGUAUGGUCACCCGGCUGGCCGCAAGGCUGUAUAUCGGACUCCGGGUGACUUCGUCUUACAUGCCCUCUUCCUGCUCAGCAAGCACGCUGAUCACAGUCAAUGUUCCUGCGAUCUCUGCGGUAAGAUGAUUGAGUCUCAGAAGCUGAGGCAAGCCGAUCAACAACAUGCACAGAGAAUCCAACAGGUACUGGGACAAAAGCAAAGGCAGCAGCAACUAGAGCAGCAGCAAAAACAGCAGGAGCAGCAACAAAAAGAGCAGCAGCAGCAGCAACAACAACAGCAACAACAGCAACAAAUCCAACAGGUGCAACAGGCGCAACAGGCGCAACAAAUCAUGCAACAAAACCAACAGCAACAACACCAGCAACUGGGACAGCAGCAAGCCCAAGGCAGCCUUCAGUCACAGGUCUUUGCGGCCCCAGGGGUUACAAGUCUCACCAAUGUCUUCCGCGCAGGCGAGCUGGUUUGGUACAAGCAUCAGGCUUGGAGGCUCGGCGUGAUCCUCUCGAUCGCCCCCAAGAGGCAAACGCCAGGCCCUGCGCCAGACGCGGCCUUCAACUUCUUGGUGGCACCCCUGGGCCACCGGACGUUGGGACAACAAAGCUUCUAUAUCGACGCCAAAUCCAUGCGCCCAUUCCUCACCUUCAGUGUUCCAGGUGUUGGCGAAAACUUCUCGAGCUUGGCAAAUCGGACAUAUGACUCGAUCGACUGGCCGACCUUCUCUGUCCAAUAUUGUCAGAGUCUUGGCCUCACGGAUCCCAGUCAGCUGGAUAUCGCCAGGCAGACCGUCGGACUCGAAGCGUCAAAGUUGGCGGCCAAGUACAUCAAUGAUUGCUAUUCUACAUUCAACAAACUUAACAAGUCGAACGCCAGUGGCGUGCAAGAUACCGUUUUCCAUGAAGGAGUCUAUCUCGGGGCUGAAAUGAUCCGUGUCGGUGAUCCUGUACGCGUCGUUGGAGGCCAUGUUGGCAACGGCCAUAACAACGGUGGUGCUGAGGCGAACGCUGUCAUGCUUGUCUCGGAGAUUGUUACGGAUGCCCACGGAAUGAAUAUUCGGUUCAAGGGUAAUCUUUUCCAGACCGUCCGGUCUGUUCCGCCCAUGCCACCCAACGUCGUCACCCCCGAGUCUCUGGGCCAAGUCUUUAUUGAAGAAGUCAUGUCAAGGAAUGAGAUCGAGAAGUACAACAAGGCGCGAUGGGGCUGGGCGUUGGUUGAGCGGGACGCGGUGCGGACCGAAGUUGACACACUGGGCCGCUUCUAUGUGACGCAUCGGUUGAUGAACAUCAUUGACCCGGCGCGGUUCACGGCGUCAGUCCAGAAAGGGGUGGUGGAGGAUGCGCACGCAUACCUGAACAAUCGAGCUCAUAGCGGGAGCGGCAGAUUCAAUGGUCCAAAAGCGACGCGCGCUGACACGUUGGGGCUGGCUGUAAAUGCGAUGUUCGCCGCACCGGAGGGGAUGGAUGAGAGCUUCUAGGAAACUUGGCUAUCCAGAGACAUGGCUAGGAUAUCUGGCUAUUUCUCGAUAUAUUAAAUUGGUGUAUGGGUUUGUAUUUCAAUUCGAAAGAUGUCUGAACAGAGGACAACGAGCGGCGAGGCACAUCAAGCAUCAAGAAUCAUGUAAAGGAAAUACGCGAUCUAGUCAACAGGAAGCGAUUCCGAGAACCAUUGGCAGAGGACGGAGGUUUGAACUUGGCUUACUGGAAGCGUACCUCCAAGUAUAUGGAUGACUGUUGUAAACAUGGGACUAAGAAUGGGAACACUUGUUAUACAGAUGGGGCUAAAGAAUGGGAUGUGAAGAAGUGCGCAGGAUGUUUCGCACUGAAUAACUUGGCUUCAUGUUUACACUUGCU